UCUUGGCAACUGCCCAACUGCAUAAAUACGUGUAGUGUGUGCGCCUGCAGUCACCGGCCACUCCUCACUGGAUCACUACCACUACUCGUAGCCUUCUUCUAGUGGCAGGGCUCUGCUUCUCAAUCCAGAUCUGGUUGUGUCUCCUUGUCUCUGGAGGAGGAAGAGGGCCAAGAGGAGGAAACAAGGAGCCGGAGGAGAAGGAGAAGAAGGAUGGUGAUGGUGGAUGGCAGCUUGGACGCAGAGAAGAUCGCAGGGUAUUUCAAGGGCAAGAGCAUCCUCAUCACCGGCGCCACUGGCUUCCUCGGAAAGAUUCUUGUGGAGAAGAUACUCCGGGUGCAGCCAGACGUGAGGAGGAUCUACCUGCUCGUGCGAGCCAUGGACGCCCACUCCGCCAAGCAACGCGUCGAGGCAGAGGUGACAGACACUGAGCUCUUCUGCCUCCUGAAAGAGAAGCAUGGCAAGGGAGGAUUCGAGCUGUUUGUGGAGGAGAAGGUUGUCCCUUUGGCCGGUGACGUCGUCUUCGAGAACAUGGGGCUAGAUGCUCCCAGGUUGGAGGAGCUGGCCAACGAGGUCGACAUCAUCGUCAAUGGAGCUGCAACCACCAACUUCUACGAAAGAUAUGACAUUGCGUUGGAUGUGAAUGUGAUGGGGGUGAAGUACCUGUGCCAGUUCGCCAAGAAGUGUGCCAAUCUCAAGAUGCUCCUCCAUGUUUCCACCGCAUUUGCAGCCGGCGACAGGGAAGGGCUGAUCAUGGAGAGGCCGUUCAAGAAGGGGGAGACCCUGAGGGAAGGCACCUACCUGGACAUUGACGCCGAGCUGCGGCUGGCCGGCGACGUGAAGAAGGAGCUAGAGCGGCAGG